AGUAAAAUUUUACCGACUCGGCUAGAAGCUUCUUAACAUCGCCAUUUUGUAAUAGUGUUUGAACAUUGAAGAUGCUGUUUGUUUCGACAUUUUGUGAGAACUGAGAAUUGGUUUUACCUCUAUUUUGUACCUGAAAAAUGACACAGUUUCUGCCACCUAAUCUAUUAGCACUUUUUGCUCCGCGGGAUCCUAUACCUUAUUUACCACCCGUUAGCAAGCUUCCACACGAGAAGAAAAAUGGAGGCUAUAUCGGCGUUGGAGGUUUUCUUAAAUAUUUUGAGGAUCCCAAAGAUACACCACCACCAGUACGUGUGGAAACAAGAGAAGAACGUCUUGAACGAAGAAGAAGAGAACGCGCAGAACAAGUGGCAUAUAAAUUAGAACAAGAAAUUGCAGUAUGGGAUCCUGCUGGUAUUCCAAAUGUAACAGCAGAUCCUUUUAAAACUCUUUUUGUAGCUCGAAUAAACUAUGAUACAUCUGAAUCCAAACUUAGAAGGGAAUUUGAAGUAUACGGUCCAGUAAAAAAGAUAGUGGUAAUUCACAAUACAAUAAAUGGCAAACCUAGGGGAUAUGCUUUCAUUGAGUAUGAGCACGAAAGAGAUAUGCACUCUGCUUAUAAGCAUGCGGAUGGUAAGAAAAUAGAUGGUCGGAGAGUAUUGGUUGACGUGGAACGAGCUAGGACGGUGAAAGGAUGGUUACCGCGAAGGCUUGGCGGUGGACUUGGUGGUACUCGAAGAGGUGGACCCGAUGUUAACAUUAAACAUUCUGGUCGAGAAGAUAACGAAAGAGAACGAGAACGAUAUCGUUUGGAACGAGAGAGGGAGAAUUCUGGACGCCUUGAUAGAGACAGAGAUCGUGAUCGUUUGGACAGGGAACGUAGAAGAUCGCGAGAUCGUAAAAGAAGAACAAGAAGUAGAUCGCGUGAUCGAAAACGUAGACGAAGUCGCGAUCGUUUACCCGAUCCAGACAUUGAAGAGAUUCAGAGAGACGAACGGCCCCGGGAUAGGAGAGAUCGUGAUCGUGAACGUGAUCGUGAACGGGAUCGUAAGAGGAGACGUUCUAGAAGUACCGAUCGUGAUCGUGACAGAGACCGUAAGAGAGACAAGCGUGAUCGUGAUCGUGAACGUAGAGAUCGAAAAGAUCGGGGUGAUCGUCAAGAGGAAGAUACAAAAGAAAUCCGAAUUAAAGAGGAACCUUUGGAUGAUUACCCUGAUUAUAGCAAUACUUUCUCAACGUCUGGAUCUUACUUUACCGCUGUAAAAUACGAAGAUGAUAAUGAUCAAGAAGUAGAAGAGAAGUAUAGAAUUCCAGAAGGUCGUCCAGAUCCCCCUCCCUAUAAUAAUUAUGACUCCGUACAAGAUUAUUGAUCUCGAUAAAAUAUCUCUUGUAUUGUUCUUUUUCGUUACCACACACGUCAUGAUGAAUUAAUGCAAUUGCCAAUAAUGUAUUGUAUUUCCUAUUGUUAUUAGUGUAAUAUCGAAACUCAUCACAUUUGAGUAUUUAGUUUCUGUAUACUUUACAGCGACCAGAUACUCAAGUAAGGAUAUUGCAAGGUAAGCAGAUUUGGACUUCUGAUUUAUAUGCAGUUAUUUCUUAAUACUUUGUUAAUUCGAAAUUUUCUAUAUUUAUGGUUGGUAUGAAGGUAAUUUGUGUAAAUGAAUUUAGGCGAAUUAAAUGUCAGAAUUACAUUUAAAAAUUUCAAUUAUUGUAGCAGUUUGUGUGACACCUCGCAAUAUGGACGUGACAGAUCCAUAAAUAUUCAAACUUUAUUACAACUAUUAUGAUUUCAAUAUUCUCUAUAUGUGUACAUAAAUAUAUAUGAAACGUAAUAACGUAAAAUUAGUUCUUUCAUGAUUGCUGCAUGUAUAUUUAUAUAUGCAAAUAAAAUAAAUUACAUACUUAAUUUUAUUAACUAUCCCAAUAUCUUUUUAGAAAUUAUUAUGUGUAUGGAAAAUUGAAAAAGUAAGUGUUUAAAUAAAGAUAAUUUGUAUACUUUAUUUUAACAUUCAUAUGAAUAAUUAAUCAAAUUGUAUCGCAUUAUUAUUUUUUAAAAAAUUCAAAAGAUCAAUGUUUAUAAGAGUUUAUGAAAGAAAAGAAUGAUGCUUGUAUUAAUGUAACUAUAUGCAUAUAUCGUACGUUGCGGUAUUGAACGAGAGUUAUUUUUUGUUAUACGUAACGUAAAUGGUCGGCUCAUCGCGUUAACUGGACCAAAUCAUUCCGGUCUCUUACCUGUGAUAUCGAUAGCGGGAUUAAAAAUAGUGGAAACUUCCAAGAAAAUCAAUUGCAACUUUAAAUAAAUUUGUUUAGAAUAAUUGAUAAUAAUUUAAAAUAUUUUAUUAUGUGAAAUAUGAAAUUAUUAUGUUUUUUUUUUCAAUUAAUUGUACAAUUUUAUAAAUAACUAAACAAAAUUAUAUCGUUUUUCAAUUUAACAUUCAUUGGAAAAAAUAAAUAAAAAAUAAUUGAUGAA